AUGCAGCACUACGCUGAAGUCAAAGCAAUUACGCAAGGUACGACAAGUGUCAUCGGCAGUCUGCUUGAACCAUGUAAUCGCGGUCUGGUGCGCAAUCUCAACGACGAUCUAACACUCGGCAAAAUCCUAUACAAUGUCUCUCCUCUGGAAAUGACAGAAACUGAGGCCAAAGUGGCGAAAGAUGCACUUGCAUCGAACGGAUCUCUCUUUAUUCAUCUCGGUGAGGGAUUACCAAAUGAUGCGGCAUCCACACGUGAGUUUGCUAUGCUCAAAGGCCGCGGGUUACUAAUACCCGGCGUUUCGCUCAUUCAUGGUGUUGCUCUCAAACCAAGUGACUUCAAUGAAAUGGCAAAGGCCAAAGUUGGCUUAGUCUGGUCGCCGUGCAGCAAUCUGCAGCUGUAUGGUCAGACAGUGGAUGUAGAAGCUGCAAAAACAAACGGCGUUAUUACUGCACUGGCACCCGACUGGAGUCCGACAGGCAGCGACGGUCUACUCACCGAUCUGAACUUCGCUGCAACAUGGAAUGCUGGCCUCGAACAUCCUCUGUUCCAUGAUCACACACUAGUGCAAAUGGCCACGAGUAACGCCGCUAAGUUACUUCAUCUGGAGAAACGUCUCGGCUCAUUACAAGAAGGAUUUCUUGCUGAUGUGCUUGUGCUCAAUCCAUCACACGGAGGUCAAUCGAUGGAUGAUGCAUUCUGGACCAUUACCCAUUCGACGCCAGAAGACGUUCUAUUGGUGAUGAUCGGUGGCAAACCUGUAUACGAUGAUCCUGCAAUAAUGAAGCGGCUGACUGGAGCGAUGGUUAUGCUUGAACCCAUUGACAUAUGUGGGGUUCAGAAGAGCAUUUCCUUCGCAGAAGAAUUCGGUCCACAACGCACAUUCCGUCAAACUCAAGCAGCGCUUAGCACUGCACUCCGCCAAUGGAGUCGUAAAUUGGCUCCGCUUUCGGAUUGCGGUGUUUAG